AUGGCUCUGGAAUACAGCAAAGAAAACCUUCCAAAGAAUCUCUUCAUUAACAAUGAGGUAGUGCUCUCUCGCAAGUACAAUUGACCAAUCUGACGAUUAUCCCCAGUAUGUGAAAUCGAAGAAUCCCAAGAAGCUUUCCCUCUAUAACCCAAAAGAUGGUUCACUCGUCGCAGACGAUGUCGACCUUGCCGAUGAGCACGAUGUCGGUGCCGCUGUUGCAGCCGCUGAGAAGGCCCUGCCCGCUUGGAAGAAGCUCCCAAACAACGCUCGACGAGAUACCAUGCUCAAGUUUGCCUCCUUGGUCCAAAAACACGGAGUGGCACUCGCUGAACUGACCCGUGUGAAUCUGGGAGCGCCAUAUGCCUCCUUUGGAGCUUUCGAGACUAGCAUGUGUGCCGAGGCAUUCAUUUACAAUGCAGGAUGGAUCGAUAAGUUCGCUGGCGAGUCGUUCCCACAAGAAGAUGGCUUCUUGAAGAUUGUUCGCAAUGAGCCUCUCGGUGUUACUGCAGGCAUCGUCCCUUGGAACGGACCAAUUGGCACUGUCGGCCUCAAAGCUGCACCAGCUCUUGCAACUGGGAAUUGCUUCAUUCUUAAGCCGUCUGAAAAGACACCCUUCUCGUCACUUGCUCUCGGUAAAUUGAUCGUUGAAGCUGGAUUUCCACCGGGAGUAUUUCAAGUUCUCUCGGGGGAUGGAUCUACUGGAGCGUUAAUCGCCAGUCGUAAGCACCCAUUUUCUAUAAGACAGCUUUCCUGGUACGAAAACAGAACUAGAACACUCACAUUUCCACCUUGGACUCCAUAAAUUCCAUCCGUUCUACUCUUGCAAUUAACACAGGUAUACUGACAUUGAAAUCGUAUAGAUAUGAAAAUUCGUAAAGUAUCCUUCACUGGAUCUUGCUUGACAGGAAAACGAAUCCAGGAAAUGGCUGCAAAGUCCAAUUUGAAGCGAGUCACACUUGAGCUUGGUGGAAAAUCACCCGCUGUUGUUUUCGACGACGCAAACCUCGAAAACGCCGUCCAAUGGUUGGCAAACGCCAUAACCGCCAACACUGGACAGGUGUGCUUUGCCGCUUCUCGAGUUUACGUCCAAGAAGGGAUAUACGACAAAUUUGUAGCUGCUUACAAGAACGCACUGCAAGAAAAAGGAAAAACUGUUGGUGAUCCAGAUAAGGAAGGUACCAUGAUGGGUCCUCUCAUUGACAAAGCACAAUUUGAUCGGGUUUCUGGUUUCAUCGCUCGCGGUCAAAGUGAGAAGCAGGGGACCCUUCUCACGGGUGGAUCCAGGAUUGGAGAUUCGGGAUUCUUUAUCGAGCCGACUGUUUUUGAGAAUGUUGCCGCAGACGCCGAAAUAAUCAAGGAAGAAAUCUUUGGUCCGGUUGCUGUUCUCAAUUCGUUCAAGACGGAAGAAGAAAUUGUGGAGCGAAGUAACAACACAAGUUUCGGGUUGAUGGCUGGUGUGUUCACGCAGGAUAUCAACCGGGCACUGCGAAUGGCGAGUGCUUUUGACAGUGGUAUGGUGGGAGUCAAUUGUGUCAGUCUGAUGAUGCUGGGUACUCCUUUUGGUGGAACCAAAGAGAGUGGCCUGGGACGAGAGUGUGGUAGAGAUGCACUAUUGGCUUUUACCGACCGGAAAACUGUUAUGAUCAAUAUGAGCUACUAGAUUAUUUGUAGGAGCGGG